AGUGCCUUUUCUUCCGCCGAUACGUAUCUAAGCUUCUCUCGGAUCGCCUGUUCACCCUCUUUCUGGCUCAUGCUUCCUGUUUCACUGGCUGCCUCUUUGUUACCCAACUGGCUCUGGCGCUUAGCAUCCGAGGCCUGGUGGGCACGAGCCAUUCGGCGGCUCGACAAGACACGCCGACUUGCUGCCAAACAAUCGCCGUUCCGACAGACUAGCAGCAAUACUACGUCAAGAAUCAUGAGCAACGCUCCCCAAAGACUUAUUUCGUCCUGUAGAACCUUGGACGGCAUCAGCGAGAUUUCAGGCACCGACGAUGGUGGUAGUCAAGACAAUCAAGCUUUUGAAGGGAAACUUGAACUUGAUCCAUCUAGCUAUAGGCAGUUAACCUCAUUAAUACCGACAGAUGGCUCUAGGGCAUUCCAAAGAGUCAGCUAUUUGCGACGUCCUUCCUCUCCUUCAACUGAGCAUACCAUCGUUACCUCUCCCACUGUCAUUUCUCCUUCGUGCCAGCAAUCCGCAGAAUUGCACCCCCCAGUUUGGGUUCAUCAUCACUCUGAAAUUGAUUUAUGCGAGCUAGAAAAGUCAUGUGAACCAGAAGUUGAUCCGCAAAAAUGUUCCUCUAUGUUAUUUGAGAAGCCAAAUUCACCGUUGUAG